GAGGGUGCGGGAGCCGGGCAGGCAGCGGGCUGCGGGGCUGGGGAAGAGUUUGGCCCUCCCUGGGGGGAGAGGCGGGAGGUGCCUCGGGAGGGCUCCCUCCGAGGAGGACGGGCUCGCAGCUGUGCCCCCGCCUGCAGCCGCUGGUGCCAGGCUCGGUAGCAGCAAAACCCCGCGAAGCUGCCCUGCUUGCACCCGCAGAACCCCUGGUCGGAAUAUGAAGGUGCUGGUAUAAAAGAUGAGGCUGAAUGAGAGCCGGACAAGAUCCUUCCAGGCUCCUGUCACCAUCCACAGUUACCCAGGCAGGCAGGUGUAUCUGUUUCCUGAUGGCCAGUCUGAUUCCGAGGAGUCGUCAGAGGAGGAGCUCAACGUUCUGGAGCUGCGGCCGCGGGGCCGGGAGCAGCAGCGCUCCCGCAGGGACAGAGCUGCAGACGUGGUGCUUCUGGAGCGGGAGGUGACACAGGACGACAACCUGAACAAGCUAGCCCUGCAGUACGGUUGCAAAGUUGCAGAUAUCAAACGUGUCAACAACUUCAUCCGGGAGCAGGACUUGUAUGCCCUGAAGUCCAUCAAGAUCCCCGUGAAGACCCACGGGCUGUUGACGGAGAACGGCGGGGACCUGCGGCCGCUCCCCAGCGCGUCCCCCCAGAGCGGCCUGACCCUGGUGGAGCUGCCGGAGCCCGAGGCUGGUGGCAGCAGCUCUGCUGCCCCCUCACACCUGAGCGACUACUUCAGGGACAUCGACAAGAGCAUCCAGGACGCCGUGCAGGCCGAGGGCCAGCUGAACAUGGAGUGUUGCGUGGAAGCCCCAGAGAGGCCGCUGCCCGAGGCAGGGCAGCAGGAGAGCAGUAAUGGUGCAGACUGUGGAAUCCAGUGGUGGAAUGCAGUUUUUAUUAUGCUCCUGAUAGGAAUUGUUCUGCCAGUAUUUUAUAUAAUCUAUUUUAAAACACAAGGCCUGGCAGCCCACUCCAACACAACACUAACCUCAAAUAGUUCAACAGAGGGACUGGAAGGGAAAUUACCACGAAGCUCAGCUGUAGAAAAAAAAAUCCUAAGGUGGGCAAGGGCAGCCAGGCACAGCCUCGGCUCCCAGCACUGAAGCCCACGUGGCAGUGACUGACUCGCGUGUGUUCAGGGGGAUAACAGUACAGAUUAUUUUUAUUUUUUUAAGUAGCUGAUGUUGUAAUUCUGAACUUGACUAAAAGUGAGGGGAGGUGGUUUUUAUGGAGGAGUCAGGAUGCUUUGUUGCUUAUAAAGAUCAUUGAGCAGCUGACUUAAUAUUCAUGACCGCUGUUGAGGUAAAGUAUUUUGUAGCAAUUUAAUAAUCUUGUUUCCUUCAGGUAUUUCUUGAUGCCUUGUCUAAGAAAUUAAUCCUUUGCUGCUGAGGUAGAGAGUGCCAUGUUGCUGUGAUUGGGAAGUUUGGGGGUUGUUGGCCUUGAAGCAGACACUUUUUGCUCAGAGUAGAAGUGGGAACUCUUUCUCUGAACUGUUUUCUGUCUGGCAGACCACGGCAGUGCUGGCACACCAGGCUCUCAGCUGCUGACUCCCUAGUGUGUUAAGGUGGGUGUUAGACACAGGGACGCUGACAGCACCUCACUGCGUCACCCUUGGGAGCAAGUGUUUAAGCUGUACUUGUCAGGCUGCUUCAAGCCCAGCCCUGAGAAGGGAGAACCUGGACGGAGCUCUUCUUCUCAAUGAAAUCCUUCAGUGACUCCUCUUGCCAUCUGGUGUCUCUGCAGGCAGAGCUCAUGGCAGGAUUUCUUCUUUAACCAGGGCACUGCUUGUCCAGCACAAGGAAGCCCUGUGUUAUUUUAGACAAUCAAGGAGAGCAGCAUAAAGUCUGGACAGGAGGGGGCUCGUGAAGCUGCUGUGUGAGAAACGUGUCUGAGCUGCUGGUGGCGUAGGAGCAUGGCCGAGUGUGUGGGGAGGAGCAGUGCAGCUUCAGAGGCUGGUGCUGUCCUGAGAUGUCAGUGAGCCUGAAAUCAGUGCUGCUCAGGAUGAGUCAGUGAACACUACAUGCUGGAGGGGAGGAGAAAAUGAGGCUCUGGGGUGUUUUGCUGUAGGGAGAAUUUGGAGGGGGGGGGGUGGGGAAAUAAUAAAGCAAGUUGGGGACUGGUGGUAGAGGUAACUGCUCAGAACCAAAUGCUAAGAUAGUUUGCAGCACAGUUGUGUGAAACCUGGCCAGGGACAGAGUAAUGUCCCAUAUCAGGAGUUUCUGGGAGCUUUUCUUCGUUGCAUAGAGGUUCUGUGUGUUGUUUGUUGGACUUGGAGCUCUUUGUGUUGAUGGCUGGACACAGCUCAGAGGUCCUUUCCAACCACGAUGAGUCUGUGGCACUGAUCCCUUCUCUUCCUGACCCAAGGAAGAGCAGAGUGAUGGCACCUGCGUGGGUUAGGGGGAAACAGGACUGAGGCUUCUCCGCAACAGGAGGAACCCCAGGCCGAGCAAGCAGAAACGUGUGGUAACAAUAACCUGUGUUUCCUGCAACCAUCAAAAAAGGUACUUGAAAAAGCCUGAGGGAAUAUGAUCUUGUAAACAAAAACUCCAAAGGAUCAUAUACUUAAGAAAAAAAACAAACCCACAAACCAAAACUUGUAUUUUUCUUCUGUGAAGGAACUGUAUCUCUCUUUGUUCUAAGGGGGGAUUAUUACAUUUUUAAAUAAAAUGAACUAAAAGCACAAGGGGCACCACCCACCCAA